UUUUGAAAAAUUUUUUAGGAGUUGUUGGGACAAGCGCAUCUGUAUCUUGUUCCUAGAAGAGCUGUAGAGAACGUUUUGCUUUGGCAGUCAAUUUGGACGUGCGACAGAUUAAGUGGUCAUUGCUGUACACGAGCCUCUGAGGCCCUAAAAUUAGAAACAAAAACCUUAUUGUAUACAGCGCUUAGAAGUUCCACCUCGUCCGCGCUUUCAGAUAAGGGUUUUCGACAAUUCCCGACCCAUCGAACGUCGGACGAACUCGUGCAUUCAGAACAGCUACACUCACAUCAAAAACUCGAGGCCUAUUUGCUCGGGAACAAGAACUCCUUCGAAAACUCCGCGCCCGGGCGCGCUUGGACAAGAAUCUUUUGCCUCUUUAGACUUACCGGUCGACAUCUCCACGAGUCGUACUUGCAUCAUUCAAGCAACGAAAUAGAACGAAAACAACGGAAAAAAUUGCUCGGGCCGGCUGUUGAUUUCGGUGAGAAAAAGCUUUUUAUAUUUUUCUACUUUCCGAAUCCGACGCGUUUCCUCUCCUUUUUGUAUUCUGAAAAUGCAUUCGGCUCGUCCACAUUCAUCGUUCUGUGAUGAAACUCGCAGGUACAACAACUAUUUGGACUUUCAGCUAGUACCGCCCACCGGGCAGGGGCACAACUCGUUGCAAAAUCUUCCGCCGGCAACUAUCAGCAGGAGCCUCUUUAUUCUGCAAGGUCAAUCUGGCAGAGCUAUAUCGCAAUGCCAUCAUCCGGAACUUCGAGCCUUAGCGUGACAGGUACUACCACAACGACUUCCGCGGGAGCACGGAGCAACAAGCAUCACCAGCUACGGCCCACGCGUUCCGCCGAGCUGAUGAGUACUAGUCGACCAGCAUCCGGAGGGUCGCAAACGAGUGCGGGUGGUGGCACCGCUAGCCACCAGCACCAUAAAGUGGAGCACGGCGUCGAACAGGAGUUAUCUCCGCAGCAGACUUCUUUUGACUCUAACGAGUGCACUGGCGAAUACAGCAGCACCACCGACACUCCAGAUGUGCCGAAUUCCAACACGAACAUGGCUGAUAACGUAAAUCACUAUUGAUUCAGCACAAUGUUUUCGGAUUUUUCAUUUUCUUCUCCUGUACAGUACAACUCGAAGCUGAAACACACGAAUCGAACGAAAAGUCGAACGGUUUGUAUACUUGCUUAUUUCGAUUUCCUUGUAGCGACCCGAUCAUCUUGUAGUUGCUUCUACUUUUAACACUCACAGGCCCGGCCAAAUCGCACGGAAUGCAACACCAGUGAUAAGUCGUUGCAUCCGCGAGCGCUCUUUUCCGACGAUUUCGACGAACUAGCGUCGCCGAGUUGUGAAGGUACUAUUCGACCAAGAAAGUCUUAUAUCCUUGACCUUGACUGAGUGUGGCGACUGUUCGAGGCUAUUUCAGCAUUAGCACUCAAAUUCCUAUCCAUCAUACAGCAGAACAAUCUUCUGACUGUUUCUGGUUUGAUAUUUUUGGUUUGAACCCUCUGUCUUCCCUACUACCUAGGUGCUUCGAGCCCCGGUGACCUGUGGGCUCCGAGACGUGUCGUCGGCACGCCCAGUUCCGUGGUUUCCUUGGUGCGGACUCCGCCGCCGGCGUCGGCACCUCCUCCGGAGCCGACGUCUGCGAAGCGUGGAAGCGGAACGCCGCCGAAGCAAGAUGUGCCUCAGCAACCCUCGACUUCUGCGACAGGUGGAUUCGACGGAACUGAUGCCUUUUCCACGCAAUUACAGCGGUGGGCUUCUAGUACCCAAAACAACUGGGGCAAUGAUCCUGCCGGCGGCAACGGCCUGCAGCAAGGUGGCCAACAAUACCAUCAAAACAACUACCCUGGUGCUGGUGGUUCCAACAGUGCUAGUACAACCGGAUCCUGCUCUUACAACAACGGAACAAGUACUGGAGCUGAUUUGAGCUCUUGUACCAACGGCGGAAAUGGCGCAUCUUUCAACAGGGAAUCGUUUGAGCAUCAGCAGUUUGGGUCUUCUACCACGUAUAAUAAUCAGGGGAACAGCUCCUGUGGCCAACAGCACCUGGGAAACAACACCUUCCAAGACCAGCACCAUACGCAGCACAUGCCAGGUAGUACCAUUUCCGUGCCGUCGUCGCAAGAUCCGGCGAUGCUGAUGAACGCCAGCGGAAUGCACCAAUCGUCGCAUGGGGGGCAGUAUCAAACAUCUUCUAUGCAGAUGGGGUAUGAUAUUGAUGGUUCAACAUCUUGCCAGCAACAACAGCACUGCAGUUAUACCAACAGUGGCAGUGGGAACGGCAAUGCAUGCGGCGGCCUCGCAGGCCCCUCUCAUCUGCAACCUGGUGCAAUGUCCAUGGUCACCAGCUGCACCGUGAACCACCAACAAGGAACAAGCAUGAUGGACCACCAGCAGAACAGCGGGCAGAACUUGAACUACAGCGGUUCUUGCAGUUCUCACAAUAACAACUUCGACGGCGCUACUGCCAUCGGCCAGCAAUUUGUUCAGAGUUCUUGUAAUCAGCAGCUACAUCAUCAGCAGCCAGUCGCCAACAUGAAUAACGGCUCUUACGCGGCAGUGCAAGACAUGUUUUCGGACCGCGAUUCAUUGGUUUCCUAUCCCGUGCUCAUGCCACAGGAGCAGCAAGACGUCAACAGCAUCAGCAAGCGUCCCAGUAUGCACAACUUGGCUUACCAGUUGCCGUUUACAUCACAACACCACCAACAGGACCACAACGACGUACGCGGCAUGCACAUGGGUGCAGCUGCUACUAAUUCCUCGUGCAACAGUGCUGGUACGAUGAAUGCAUACAAUCAGCAGCACGUGCCGAUUGGUUCGUUUUGCGCCGAUCCGGUUCAAUCUGGCGAGGGUUCGAAAGAGAGUUUGCCCCGCUACUUCUUCGGGGCUGCGAACGGGGACCAUUACAACCAUCAGCAGCAGGGAAACGUCGCACAGACGAACGGCAUGUUCGGCACUGCGGGCGGAUCUGGUACUACGUGUUCCUCAGUCGUGGCGCUCGCGCCUCUCGGAAGCUCGGGAAUGGCGCAAGGCGGGCAUCAGCCGGUCGUGGUGGACAGCUCCAGCACCAGUUUGCAAAUGCCCACGGCGAACAAUGGACAGAACUUCACUUUUCCGGACUUCGACAAUAACCAUUUCGCGCAGUUGCAGCACCAGCAGCAGCAAAACGCCAUGCACAUGCAGCAGCACAUGGCCGCGCCAGCCAACUCGAUGGGCGGCAACGACGCGGCCGGCUGCAAUGGGACGACGAUGACUGCUUCUACCGGGGCGAGCAGCAACAUGUGCAGCGGCGGAACCGAUUUUUACCAAGGCUCGGGGACCACUGUAGCAGGAUCCUACGGCCCCGACCAAGGCUCAGCGUCUUGUGGUCAGCAUCAAGGGUCAACAUCGAAUUACCAGACCGUCGGCACGGUCGGCUUCCAGGACCAGCAGUGCUGGCAUUACGGAACUACGAACGGGACGAACAUGAACACCGCGGCGGGGGCCAACAGCUACAACAAUAAUACUAUGCCAUCUUUUCAACAAAUGCAGCACGCGACGAGUACUAACACCUUUUGCGCCGGCGAGCAACCGGCGACGUCGCCGGCUUUUCCACCAAUGUUUGGCGGGGGCAACACGACAUCUUCCAUCGCGGCGUUAAAGCCGCCGUCCACGUGGGAGCAGCUACCGCGGCAAAUGGAGCAGCAACAGCUGGCCUCACCGCCGCUGCAAUCGGGGUCGAGUUGUCGGGCGGGAGAAGAUGAAGCCACUCCACGACUCCACCAAAAUUUAAUGCAGAUCAUGCAGACGCCAGUGGGUACGCCGACCGGACGGACGCUUCCGCUAAGCCAGAGUGCCCGCCGGUGCGCGCAAACCGAUACCCGCGACACAGGGAAUGACCCCGGCCGUUUCUCUGCUCCGCCCGCGAUAGACGGAAACCGGUCUUACCGUCAAGAUUUUCCCGAUCAGAGCAGAGCCCUGCAAACCCCCGCUUCAGAUUCUGCCCUGCCCGCGGCCCAGAGGACCACCAUCGCGUCGCCCUACUUCCACCAGCUUCAAAGCGACUCUAAAGUGCCGCUGCGUUGUCCGGAGCCUCAGGCUCUGUGGCGAGCGGAAAAUACUUCCAGCGAGAAUACACAGGUACAAGCACUCUGUCUAGGGAAACAGGAAAAUCAAUCUUGACUUUCUUACGGUUGAGGUUUGAAGACGCUGCCUUUCUCUCCUAUUUUUUCUUUUUCUACUGCAUGGAUCUGCUAGAAAAUAACAUCAGAGCAUUCUUCUAAUUUUCACGCACAGCAGCAGCAGAGCGGAGAUGUGCAGCACUAUGGACAGCCAGCCUCAUCUUCGCAGCUAUCUGGUAAGUAGCAGUGUACAUAUAAUUGUUUUGUUUCUACCACUUCAAACUGAAUAUCAAUGUUCGGAUAUAGUAGGUUAAGCAUCUGCAGCGGACCUUGCAAAAAUAUUUUUCCAAGGUUUAGGAACAAACCCAUCAUCAGCACGAGAGACAUCAACCAAAAAAUUUUCCAACCACAACAGGCAGCUUCCAGGCACAGACGGUUGUCCACGAUCAGGGGGGACAUCAGCAUCAGAGCCUGUGCACCCCCACGCCCAACGUGAGCUGCCAGGGUAUGCUGCUGAUGAUGGAUACGGCUAGCACGACUGCGGCCACGUUCGCGGACCACACAGCGAAAUCCGGAGGUGCGAACGUCCAGUUUGGUGCCCAACAAGAAGCGAUGACUAUGCCCAGUGCGGACCACCACGCAGCGUCCGCGGCCGGGAACGCCUCCGGCUCCGGGGACCAGAAUUUCGUUUGUCCCGAGGCCGUUGAUGCGGACGGGAACGAAUUUUCUUCCGUGGGGUCAAAAUACCACUCGGUCGGGAUGUGCAAGCCCUGUGCGUUCGUGCACCGCCAGGGCGGGUGCUCGAACGGCAAGAAGUGCGAUUUUUGUCACGACUGCCCACCGGGGGAGAUCAAGCGGCGCAAGAAAGAGAAGCAAAAACUCCGCGUGCAGCAGGGCCUGCAGGCGAAAAAUCCAGCACCGGGUGGCAUCAAUGCUGCCCACGACGCGACAGUUUUGGGGAACGCGAACAGUCACAGUGCUGGGGGUGCGCCCAGCACGACGAUGUAUGACGACGCAGCAACCGGUACCGGUCGCGGCGCCGGGCUCGCGGGCCAGCAGCAAUCUUCGCACAACCAGCUUGCGCAGAGCGCUUCGCGGCAGUACGACAGCAAUUGCAACUCGCUCUUGGCGAGCCCGGCAACCACGGUGAACGGUUUCUCGUCCUCCUACCACGCCUCCCCGGGAAGCUACUCGGUGGACCAGUAUAAUCCGCGGCAUUCUUCCACCGGCCUCGCGGCAAAUAAUACUAACACGUACGGCGGAAAUAACACGCGCCAGCACGCGAGCGCAACGCCGUAUCAGGAACAGCAGUUUCGCACGCCCGCCAGGAGUAACACCGGGAGCAAGUCGUAUGGGCACACCCAGCGAGGAGGAGGACAAUUACACCAGUCUGGGCGCGGCCAGAAUUCGAUGCACGACAAUCUGACCCGUAAACAAUAGUUUUUUUACAGUUUCCUUUUCGUAUAGCUAUAUAGUUUUUGCAUCUUUUGUCGAACUAGAACAGUCGCUGCAUGCAGCUCGGAUGUAAUACUAAUAUGACCGAAUCAGUUUGAAUUUGAUUCCAAACAAUUUGAACAGAAAUUCUUGUGGGAGAUGCACCGGAGGGCCCAAUCGGGGCGAAUUCCAGUACCGGGGAGCGCUUUGAGCCGAUCUGGGGCCCCUGCGAAGGAAGGAGACCGGCUUCUAGUUACAAUCAACAGCGCACCAGUCCGCACCUGCACGCGCAAACCGGCGGCUCUGGCAGCGGGUGUGUGGGUUCUUCUGGCGGGGGGUACCAGCACAAUAACACCCGCGGCGAGCAGCAGCACGGGGGUAAGAACGCCAGUAGAGUUGUGGGUGGAGGACCACAUAAUUCCUCUUUGCAGCAUCACCAGGGAACAAGCAACAGUACGAACAACUACAGCAUGCAGCACAUGCACCAAACUAAUAACAACGCUUCCUCCACCAGAAUGAACACCAGCUAUAAUCCAGCGGCGGGACAGCAACAGCAGCAGCAGCAGCAGCAACAACACCAGAAUAAUACGAACAUGGCACGAAACAGCUUUAUGGGGCCCCGUUCUGGAAAUAACACUGCAGCGUCGCUGCAGAACAACACCUCCUACCAUAACACGUACGAUCACCGCGCAACACAGCAGCAGCAGCAGGGGGGUGGUCAACAGCAGAACCGCAGUUAUCCUGGGAAUAACCAUCAACGGAAGACGGCGAGGAGCGGCCCCACAAGCACAGCGGGGACCACGGCGCACUAUGAACAGCAAAUCCAGCAGCAGCAAGGAAGCAGCAGCUACCAGAAAAAUCAAUACAACAGAGCACCUGGCACCGUUGGGGGUAUGAACCAACAAGGUCAACAGCAGCGCUCGUACGAAGCAGGGUACAACCAACAGCACGCACCGCAGGGCCAGCAGUACAGCUACAGCAACAACGCUUGUCGUACACAGCAGGGCGGGUACAACUAUCAACAUCGCUCCGAUUCGGGAGGCAAUCAUAAUGAUGCCAAUGGGCAACAUCAUGCCAGCCAGGCCAACAGCCAAGAGCGACAGCAGCGGCAGUGGAGCGGCAACAACAAUUACAACAACGGCGGUGGAGGAGCCGCUGCUGGAGCUACGACAGCUUACAGCAGUUUUUCUCGGCAGCAAGCUGGCGCGGCGAGGCAGGGAUCGCAACACGGUCAGGGAGUUAGUAAUACGCGGGGGGAGCGGGGGGACAACUCGGACAGCGCUCAUAGAGCCAACAAUUCGAGUUCGUACCCUGGUGUCGGCGGAGGAGGUAACUGUGGGAGGAAUACGCAGGGCGGCAGCUACAACGGGAGAAGCGGUACGAAUGGUUCCUACGUUUACAACAAUAGUGUUGGCGUGCGUGGAGGUUCGCAGGGCUCCUCUGCGUACUCCUCAUCGCAGCACGCUAGUGGCAACAAUGCGCAGCCGCAGAAGCACCAAAACGCAAGCAACAGCAACUACUACAGCAACUCGUACAACAACUCGUCAGGAGGACAAGGGUCGGGCGGAGCUCCAGGUGCGGCUUCGGCCUACCCAAAAAAUUAUUAGGCCGUGCGCAAGAAAAAGAAUUGGCAGUAACAGUAUGUAUUCACGACCAGGGGGAGCUCCUGCGCCAACCUCUUGGCAGAGGUACUUAGGUGUCUGUUCUUCUCAUGAUUCUUGCAAGUAGACCUUGGUUGCGACAUGAUUUCGCCUUCGAUGUAGCAAGCAUGGCACUCGACUCCCCGUAUUCAUAAUAUACUGUCAUUCAGGAGGUGGAAGAGCUCAGCAAGUCUAAACUUCUUGCAUUGGGAAGAGAUUAAAGAUAAUCCCUUGAAAUUGUACUUUGCUACUUUGGUUUGUCUUUGACCGCGGAAUUACGGAUCGCGUGAUUCCGCAUCUGAUUACUUUGUCAAUUACAAUAAUCCAUCUUCAUAUUUAUGCCAUAUCUAGUAAAAAAUGCUUCGGUAUCCCCAAAGGUAGGAAAUAUUUUAUUUCUACUACACAAUGCGCUUAUGUUCAGGCUCGUGUCAGCAACGAAUCGCAAUCUAUGAUUACAGCCAUCGCUAUACAACGGCUACAGCCUUGUUUUUGGUUGCCGUUUACCGUUUCGAGCUUGAAUUUUACCUCCUACAUUAAGGACAUUUCCUAGCGACUAUUUCCGAUUGAAAUCUACUAAUACUUCCCCCUUGAUGUAGUUGACCGUUUUUCGGCGAGCGACAAAAACCUAAUUGGCCUUUUUUGCACUUGAUUGGACUUCUACUUGCAUGUACUAACUACAUAUGGACGAUCUACAAAUAACUUUCCUAGAAAAUAAAAGACGCGACUCAAAAAUCAAUUUCAUGGAAACUCUACGACACGGCACAUUUCAAGCAAGAACAACCUGUGAUCUGACCAAAAAAAAAAAUUCAUUUUAUGAAGAUAGCAU